CACGGGCUCCAGACCAGUUGAACCUGUUUCGAUGUGACCCGGGCUGGCUGGGGGAGUCGUUACUACUGAGGUUGCGCUGUUGGGAGCCACUACUUUCUCAACAUUUCGGUGUGCUACGCCCCAAACUACGGGAGAAAAACACACUAGCUGUUGCUGCUCCGAGGCUGCCUCUGCCGGGAUAGCUAUGGGCAUGUGAAAGAACAACCGAAGCGGGGCUUCUUUCUGUUUUUAAAACGCAUUUCCCCCCACACGGAGAUUUCUUCCACCGAGGAGAGAAUUCCACAAAACCGUCAAAGGCCGUCACUGGAAAUAAAACGACUCACCGGAGAGGCUGUUGGUGUGUCUGGCGACAUUUAGGCCGCUUGGCUGUCUGUUUACUUCGCGGCUGUUUGGGUUUUUUUUUGUACCUUCGUAUCACGGUGUUAUAACAAAGACGGCCGAGCGAGGACAGUGAUUUCCUUCGCCGCUUGGCCAUGCGAGGAGCUCGGGUCUUCGUAGAAGAAUGUGUCGCUUUCUCCCGGCGUUAGCUCAGCCGCGGCUCCAUGGCCAACAGUAACAACAUGCUCCUGGCCUCUGCCGUGGUGGUGUGGGAAUGGCUGAACGAACACGGCCGUUGGAGGCCGUACAGCGCGGUGGUGUCCCACCAGAUAGAGGCGGCCAUCCGGAGCAGCGACCCCCGCGGAGGGAGCGUGGUCCUCGGCCAGGUGGACAGUCGUCUGUCGCCGUACAUCAUCGAUCUCCAGUCCAUGCACCAGUUCAGACAGGACACGGGAACCAUCCGUCCGGUGCGGAGGAGUUUUUAUGACCCGGCUUCGGCACCGGGUCAGGGCUGGCAGUGGGAGUGGGAGAAUGAUUCAGGUACGUGGACGGCCUACGACAUGGAGGUGGCCAUCACCAUCGAAAGCGGCCACAACCGCCAGCAGCCCUGCCUCGACCUGACACCACUCGGCUUCUGCUACCUCAUAGAUUACCAGAACAUGACACAGGUGAACAGACAGAGCCAGAGGUGUCGGAGGAUCCAGAGGCGUGCUGACAUGGCCUACCCGAUAGUGUCUGGUCCUCUGCCACUCCCCAAAGGAGGAGGUGUAGGAGGAGGUGGAGGCCUAACAGGAGCCCUGCUGGGUGUUGGGGUGUCAGGGACCAGUUUGGGGAUUGGAAGCUCUGUCUACUCCAAUGGGGGCUUACCAGCUUCUGGACUAGGCCAGCCUUGUUCCUGCCAGCAAUGCAUGCUGGUCCUCAGUGUGAAGACCAAUACAGGAGGAGCAGGGGGAGGAGGAGGAGCAGGGAUACAGACUCUAGGUCGACGCUCACUAACCAUGCAGCGGCCCAAGAACUCGGCGCCCGGUGCCUCCAAACCUCUGAGCCCGUCUAAAUCAGCCACUCUGGGACGAGGACAGCAGCAGAACUCCAACUCCAACUCCAACUACUACCAGACGCUGCCGCAUGGCCUCGCCAUUUCCAGGAACAUCGCCUCCCCGCGGAGGAACGCCCAGCUCUUUGCUCAGUCGCUGGCCGCUCUCACCGCUGGCACCUCCUCUCUGGGCAUCUCCACGUCCUACAACAGGCCGCCUCCGCCAUCCCUCCCACCGCCUCAGCCUCCAUCGUCCAACCCGAGCAUGAACCCCCCGUCCAUUCCAACCAAGCAGUCCUCCUCGUCGGCCAACGAAUCAGUGCCAACCGCCACGUUAAUUUCCACGGCCAACAGUGUGACCACGUCCCCCUCUCCUGUGCCCUCUCCAUCGCCAGUGGUAAUGAAGCCACAGCGCACGGCAUCAACUGCAGCGACAAUGUGCCAUGCCCCGUUGCCACAAAGAUCAAGCUUAGCCGGCCUGAGCAGACCAGCGUUACAGAGGAUUGCAAUGGCCCAGUCCAGAGCGCUCAUAGCAUCAGGCGUGCCCACCGUCCCGGUGAAGAACCUCAAUGGAUCCAGUCCGGUUCACCCUGCACUGGCCGGGAUCACAGGCAUCCUGAUGAGUGCUGCCGCUCUGCCGGUGUGUCUGACCAGGCCUCCUAAACUCGUGCUGCACCCUCCACCAGUGAGCAAGAGUGACAUCAAACCUGUGCCGGGCUUUGGCCACUGCUGCAGGAAGACCACCAAGAAACAGGCUCGCAAAGGUAAAACUCCAGAGGAGGUGGUGAAGAAGUACCUGCAGAAAGUCAAGAGUCCACCAGAGGAGGACUGUACCAUCUGUAUGGAACCGUUGGGAGGUCCGUCCGGUUAUAAAGGUCCAGGGGUGGGGCCUGUGUCUCGGGCAGAGUCCGUCGGGCGACUAGCACAGUGUGGACACCAGUACCACUUCCAGUGUCUGGUGGCCAUGUAUAACAAUGGCAACAAGGAUGGCAGUCUUCAGUGUCCCACCUGUAAAACCAUCUACGGCGUAAAGACGGGCAACCAACCGGCAGGGAAGAUGGAGUACCAUGUCAUCCCUCACUCUCUACCAGGACACCCUGACUGCAAAACCAUACGCAUCAUCUACAACAUACCACCAGGCAUUCAGGGACCAGAGCAUCCGAACCCAGGGAAGCCCUUCACUGCCAGAGGCUUUCCCCGACACUGCUACCUCCCAGACAGCGAGAAAGGACGCAGGGUUCUAAGACUGCUCCUGGUGGCGUGGGACCGCAGGUUGAUCUUCUCAGUUGGUACUUCGAGCACUACAGGAGAGUCUGACACCGUCAUCUGGAACGAGGUCCACCAUAAGACAGAGUUUGGCUCCAACCUGACGGGCCAUGGCUUCCCUGACCCCGGACACCUCGACAACGUCCUGGAAGAGCUCCGAGCUCAGGGCAUCACAGAGGACGACGGACUGAUGGAGAAGUGAAAAAAAAAAAGUACAAGAGAGACCGGGGCAGCGUAGAAACAAGACGACAUCCGUGUAAGAGUAGUGAAGGGUGGAGAACGAGGAGCAGAGGAAGAGAAUCGGGGCCUAACCGUCAUUACAAGAAGCAAGAUGAGGUCCCAGACGGAGACACACUCUCUCUGCCAGCACUUACAAAGAGGUGCAGGGGGACAUUUCAGGUUAUCCAGGACAUUGAUUUUGUUUCCACUUUUUCAAGCUGUCAAUGGAGUCACUACUGGGUUCACCUGUCGAUGCGAAGUCUGUCCAAACAUCACCGUUUUCAAGCGAGCACAUCAACAGAAGCAGGAGGGAGCGUGAGGAAGCCGCAGCACAGAAAGAAAAGCAUCGCAGAGGGGGAGGACGAGGCAGCAGGAACGACUGCACUCGGUUUUAGCUCACUAAACAGCGCUAGGUACUAAAUGUCUACGAGCGAAUGAGUCGGUACUAACAUGUAGGUCAGUCACAAGUUUACUUUACUGAGAGAAAGAGUAACCAAGAAGAGAUGUUAAGAUUUCAGAGCAGUUCACUGAAAACUGAGAGAAGGAACAAAGAGAGAAAGAAGUUGGAGCGACGGGGGAGGGGACAGAAAGAAAGAAAGAAAGCAAGGCGAUGUAGCAGAAAGAGACAAAGAUGGUGUACGAAUGUAGCCUAGGAUAGGAGUAGAGUAAGAUUAACUUGUAUGGUACUCAACAGGUACUGUAGCUAUCACUAAGACACACGAAACCAAGAGAGAUGAGAGGACAAGAGAGUGACACGCUCUGUGUGCUUUGUUCAAACCACCUGCCUGCUCGUGGUUGGACUUCAGUGCUGUUGCUCCCUCUUGUGGCGGUCCUGAUGACUUACACCUCAGCCUGGAACAAAUCAAAAUGUUACAAGUUAUCCACCUGUGUUACUUUUUUUAAUCAUUGUUACUAUAAUCCUCAUUUAACGUCAUUCCAUACUUUACCUCUUACUUUUGACUUGAUGGGCUUUUUUAUACAGCCCUCGGCUCUGUGUGUGUCUGAAUGUGUAUGAAACGACAAAAGACCAAACCAAGGCCCGUCCAUUUGGGCCUAUUUGGAGUCUUACUAUUGAGCCACUAUGGUACAAGUUAACCGUAGAUACACAGGUACCAGUAUUUACUUACAUAUCUUUAUUUUAUUUUGUCCCCUUUGGCGAUUCACGUGGUUUCAGUGGACGUGAAUAAAAAGCUUGUGUUUGGUUCCAGGUUUGAAUGAAGCUUCACUGUCUGUGCUUAAAACCUGAGAGAAAUAAACCGAGAGCCCGGGGCUGGUCUUACAGCCAGGAAAGCCCCUCAGAUUGGGCAGAUGGUUGGACGUUUGUGGGUGGAGGUGCGGAGCACAAGAGGUAGAGCAGACGCAGAGGUCGUGGUCUGAUCUGCCCAAUCACACAGAAGACCGCUAGUCAGUAACUACAAGGACUCUGUUCAGGCAUCUAUUAAAGGUCCCCUAUUUAUUGUGUGUCAUCAAAGAUAGUUAAUAUAGAAUAAAGUUUCCUUUAUUCAUCACAGAUGAAAUCUGAGGGCCAUCAGUCUGUCGGCUAGCCACCGUGUCAGCCAAUCAGAGACCGGUGAUCUAAGUUGUUACAAAUCCUCAUUCAAUAAAUGUCAGAUCAGCUUCUUCAACAGUGUGUGUGUGCAAAAAUAAUGCACACCACGGGGCCUUUAAUCUGUGACUCCUUGACCUCUGCAGGAAACCAGUAGCAUCAUUCUUACCUCAACAGCUCCCCUCUUGUUAUCUCCACCCCUCCUGACAAACAUUCAGCACUCCGCUCAGUCUCUGAGUUGGGUCUGUAAAUGACCCCCACCCCUAUUACAAUGUUACAAGACCCAUGUGUGUGUACGUUAUGUUUGUGAGUCAGAAUCUGUGUACUAUGUAUACUACCAACAUGCUCCCAGUUGAGGGUUUUAUUUGGGUACUCCAUGGGAGUCACAUCAUCCUUUGACUCUGAUGAUGGUACUCCCUGUACGGUAACUCCUUUAUUAUGUUUUUGAAUAUGAAUUAUAGUCAUACUUUUCCAUUUUUAUUAGCAUCUUUCUUGACACUAUCAUAGAGUAAAUUGCCUUUUCUUCAUUUUGUACAUUUAUCUUAUGAAUUAUGUCUUUUUCAUGUGUUACAAUUGGUUUACAAAGACAGUAUUGUUCAAUACAAAGUCUUUUUGUUUUCAUUGUGUACAGGAGUUAAGCUGAUUUGUGUCAUCUUUUCUUUGGAAAAGGAUUUUGAUGGUAGACUUUUAUCUGAGUGUGAAAUGUAAUGAAUUUGAAUAGCAAGUCAGACCCUUGUACCCUCGCUGUCCUGUGAGGCGAACAACACUUUCAUUUUCUGCAUAUCAUCUGUCUUGAUACUGUCUUUAGUCUCACAUUAAAGCAGCAGAACUGUACGAGUGCAGGUGGCAUGGUGAAAAUGAUUGUUUGAAACAUUGUAAAAUGUUAUAAAAAUCACAAUUUUCCUCUUGUGUUGUAGCAGUUUUCUUGCUCUGUUGGCCCAAACACUGCACAAUGACUCGGGAAAACACUGAUUCUGUAUGAUAAAUAAGUCACUUAUGUUGCUUUUAAUUUGUCUUUUUUUUUUUGUUUUUAAAGAAUGGCUUUGAUUUCUCGACAACCAACAAGAAAUAAACGUCAUUACUAGUU